AUGCCCGUGCCCGCGCACAUCCCGGCACCGGCCAGACAGGCUGCGGAGGCGUCCGAUGCCCUUGAACGAGCUGAACGGGAGCUGAAGACCGCCACCGAGUCACUCAGCGUGAUAAGUCAGCAGCUGGCUUCGAUUCGGGUCGUGGUGGAUGGAGACGCCCGGGUGGUGAAUGGAGACUCGCUUGGGCAGGAGGUACCAGAGACACCCUCCAAGAGGAGCGCCCGUGUGACCACACUCACGGUCGCUGAUCCUCCUGGACUCCUCUUGCACCAGCACAACCUGCAGAAGCGGAAGAGCAAGCAGGCUGCUUCCCAGCCUCGCUUUCGGCGGGUCAGCAACGUCCAGUCUGGUGGGAGUGGCCGGGAGCUCCGACUGCAUGGCCGGUGGAUGGAGUUGUCAACACAAGCCACCUCACAGGAUGCCCAGAGCAACAGACAGAGGCCCAAUGCCAACAAGGCCAAAUCCGGCUUCCGGUCGCGCACGGCCACAAAGGACGACCUGGCAGCGAUCAACGUGUCCGCCAGAGUUCCUGUUCUCCACCCUCAAGGCAUGUUCAAGCUUUGCUGGGACCUCUUCGCUUUGGCGCUUCUCUUGAACGACAGCAUUUUGCUCCCCAUGGCUCUUGCAUGGGACUUUGCCAUGACUGAUGAGGGUAUUGGCGGCAUCUACACCUCCAUCACUUUCUACACUAGCCUCAUCUUCUGGUCCUUAGAUCUGCCCGUGAACCUGAACACGGCAGUCUACCUUCGAGGCAGAUUGGUCCUGCGCCGCCCAAGCAUCAUGUGCCAGUAUGCGCGGAGCUGGAUGAUAUUCGACCUGUUCGUGCUGAGUCUGGACUAUAGCUACCUCAUGAUGGCCGCAGAUGUAGUCUUGCUGCGUUUUGUUCGCAUCCUCCGGGUCGUCCGCCUCAUCCGCAUUGUGAAGCUGUCCAAGCUGAACACAAUGAUCGAAGAAAGCGCAGCGUCAGCUGGGCGGCAAUGGGUGACGCUGGUUGUUGCCAUCACAAAGACAGCCGUCAUGAUGCUAAUGACGGCGCAUUUCUUGACCUGCACCUGGUUUUACAUUGGCAUGAACUUGGGCCCGGAGCUUCCGAACCCGAGCUGGGUAGAGAUGGCAGAGAUCGCAGUGAGAUGGGACCCCGGCACUGCGAACGCCACGGAGGCUGAGACAGCAGCGGCAGCGCACCUGGUGCCUGGCUGGCUCCAGUACAUGCAUUCGCUCCGCUGGAUCAUGAAUUCCCCGUCUCCUCCUGAAAUGUAUGCUGGAAGUGGGGUUGAGUGGGGCUUCGACAUCUUGAUUUCGGUGCUGACCCUGGUCGUUAUUGGUUCCGCGAUUUCCAAGAUCUCCGGGACGACGGCUGAGCUCAGGGCUAUGAAUGAGGAGAGCGACCGACGGAGACGAGACGUGCGACUCUAUUUAGCCGGCCAGUCUGUGUCGUACGAGCUUGUCACCCGCAUCAUGCGAUUCGUCGACUACAAGCUAGAGAAGUUUUCCACCAACACCUUGGAUGCUUCCCUGAUCUCGCCGACUCUGCAGCUGGAGCUUUAUGUUAGCCAGCGCGCUGACUAUUUGAGCAAAAUUCCCAUCUUUGCGCUGGCCCAGGAGUGCUACCCGGAAGUGUUUGGGACGCUUUGUGCGGCCCUGAAGAAGAACUUCUUCGAAAAGGGCGAGCACGUGUUUUUGAGCGGAUCGUAUUGCACGAGCCUCCACUUGACAUCGACAGGCAACUACAACUACACAGCGGAUCUCAGUAUGGAGGUUGAGUUUUUGGAGGGGGCCCAUUGUCAUUGGUUUGGCGAGCUCAGCUUGUUCGCUGCGCAGGCCAUCCAUCAGAGCACGCUGAUGCCGACCUCAUUUGCGGAGACCUUCUCGCUGCAGGGUCAAGACAUCGUGGAGUGCGUCAAAGACUCGAGGGGAUGUUCCACCAUGUUCUGCGAGUAUGCCAAGGACUUCGUCGCCGCAAUGCAGAAGACCGAGUCGAAGCAUGGUGAUGAGGACCAGAUACUCCAAGGCGAGAAGUGUUGCAAGCAGAACCAGCACUUCCAGGCGCUCUACCCUGAUCCGAAGAAGCUCUUCCAAAACAUCAUCGUCCACGAAGCGCCGCCAAGCUCCAAGGACGGUGAGCUUGACAACAACAACUCCCAGAAGCAGGAGUUCAAGCAGAUGGCCUCCUCGGGUUCUUUGGUGCUCAGCAAACUUUCCUCCGAAAGCUCCACCUUCACAAAUGGCACCGUCGGCCCUGACUAUGAGCCUGUCGAAUCUACGGAGGAUCCAGGACUCCACGAUCUCGUGUAUGAGGUGAUGCACAGAGACCUCGACGCAGAAGGGUUGCCGAAGAAGCUUGAGACGUGCAUCCCAGAGCUGCACCCAAUGAAAAGCCCGCACAUUCUCUAUGAACAGGCAGGUGAGCGGGACAGGGGCACGUCUUCCUGCAUAAGCGUUCUGGCACUUGUCAAGAACAACUACGACAUCUUCACGGAGCCACAGGGCAAGAACGUGAAGCUGAAGGAGUCCCAGUGGGAAGAGCUGCAAGAGUUGGUGUCGUGGAUUGAGCCGGAUGAGGAGCAGCUGCAUGCUGUUCUAGUUCUUCUGGCCAUUCGGGCGCUGGGCAAGUCCAAGGCGGUCCUGCAGCAGCUCCCAGAAGAAAGCCGACGUCCGGAGAGGGCGGUAGUACACCUCCUGGCCUGGCACGAGAACGUGGUGCCAUCAGUGAGAUGGCUAAGCCAGAGGAGCAAGGACUAUGUGGAGGAGGCGCUGUCGACACACGAGCUCUUCAACCUUGCGCAGAUGCUGCAAGGAGAGAAUUGUCCAGCAAAUGUCAAGCAGCUCCGUGAACAUAUUGAACUCAAAGGUGAGGCUAUCUUCCGGUUCUACAUUCUCUUCUUGCUGGGGUUCAUGAGCGGUCUGGCUGGAGGCCAUGGCUCCCGCUUUAUGAAUGCCAAGAACGCGGACUCUACUAUCGGUGGCAUUCGAAUGCUGCAGCGGCUGAUGAACAUCAACCCCACCACCAUCUACUGGGGCUACAUGGGGCUCCGGGCUGCGAAACUCGCAUUGCCUUUCGACACGCCCGAGGACAUGGUCCUCAUCCGAUUGGCUUGCCUGGCACGUAUUCAGGACGAUGGCGGAUAUCAGGCGCUCAAGAACUCGUGGCACGCUCUUGGAGCCCGUGAGCGGAUGUCUCUGACGGAUCACUUCUUGGCAGAUGGAAUCGAG